GCUCAGAGUCUUCCAGCAGCGCUGGCUCCUCAGGAUCACUGUCACGGUUACAUCAGCCUCUCCAAAGUGCAUCUCUUGUCCCCGGGGUGACGGCCAGCUCUGCGGGCAGUGUGUCCUACCCUGAGAAUGGGAUGAGUGGCCAGGUGGCCCCCAGUAAUACCAGCUAUAUCAUUCUUCCACUUGAAGCUGCAGGGAUACCGCCUGGCAGCAUCCUUCUGAACCCGCACACAGGUCAACCGUUCGUAAAUCCUGAUGGGACACCGGCAAUAUACAAUCCUCCCAGUGGCCAGCAAACGAUGAGGAGCCAGAUGGUGGGACAGUCUCAGCAGCAGCCUUCAUCCCAGCAGCCUCAGCAGGUUCAACAGCCACAGCAGCAAAUGGCAAGUCACCUUGUCACACAGCCUGUUCAGGCAAUGCAGCCAUCUUCUCAGUCAGUCCAAUAUCCAGCAGUUUCUUAUCCUCCCCAGCAUCUCCUGCCAGUCUCUCCAACGCAGCAGUUUUCUGUGCGAGAUGACAUGACAACACAGUUUAACCAGAUGAGCUUGAGUCGCCAGUCAUCGGGAGACAACCCCGAGUCGCCGUCUGGUCCUGUGUACCCAUCGCCUAUCUUGCAGCAGCCUGCCCAGCAGACGGGUUACAUUAUGGCUUCUCCAAGUCAGCAGCUUCCCCCGGGAGGCUUUACAGGUUCAGGUCCACCAGUAUCCCAGCCAGUGCUGCAGCCACCACCUCCACCCCAGGGCUUCGUGCAACAACCACCACCGCCUGCUCAGAUGCCAGUGUAUUAUUACCCAUCUGGUCAGUACCCUACCUCAACAACUCAGCAGUACAGACCCAUUGCCUCAGUUCAGUACAAUGCACAGCGGAGUCAACAGAUCCCACAGACUGCACAGCAAGCAGGUUACCAGCCUGUCCUGCCGAACCAGCAGCAGGGGUUCCAGGGUCUCAUGGGAAUGCAGCAGCCGCCCCAAAGCCAGAACCUGAUGAAUAAUCAACAGGGAAAUCAGGUGCAAGGCAUGAUGGUGCAGUAUCCAGCCAUGUCGUCUUAUCAGGUGCCAAUGACCCAGGGUUCUCAAGGAUUGCCGCAACAAUCAUACCAACAACCAAUCAUGCUACCUAAUCAAUCAGGUCAAGGAACACUUACAGCCACUGGAAUGCCUGUCUACUGUAAUGUCAUACCUCCUGCCCCACAGAACAACCUGCGGCUGAUCGCCCCACACUGCCCCUCCAGUAACGUUCCGGUUAUUUCUGCCAGCUGCAGGACAAACUGUGCGAGCAUUAACAGUGCAGGGUGGCAGGUCAAGUACUGACACUGGCUCAGUGUGGAUACACGAGGAUAGUGGUGCAUUAUCUGACAAAUAACUCAUGGCCUUCAAACGAAGAGGAACACAACAGGAUAAUCAGUUGAGGACAGAAACACUGACGAUGCUCAAGUGAUUUGCUGCUGGAAAAAUCUGUAAAAAACCUAAAAAUUAAAUAAAUUUUGAAAAAAAAAGAAAAAAAAAAGAUGUUUGCUGGUUAAUGGUGCAUAUUUUUGUCAUGUCUGCUAGGUAUGCCUUUAUAGCUUAGCUAGUGACAUGAAUUCAUUGAGGUAAGAUUUUUUCCUACCACUGAACACCACUGUGUAGAUUGUAAUAUCCCCAAUUCGGAUUAGUUUUGUACUUUGUGUUGAGUUUGUGAAGCUAAAAGUAUUUAAAAAUAUAACAGAAUCACAUUGUACCAAAGCUGUAAUGGAAAUGGUAAAAUAAAAGAAACUAAAAAAAAAGGAAUUACUGAAUGGAAGGAAUAAUUUAUAUACACUAUAGAGGUUUUUUUAUGGAUAUAUACUGUAUUGUAGUGCUUAAUCACAAUAAAGCUAUUUGACCUCAUGGAGAAAGGUCAUGUUUCUA